UGGAGGCCACUUCACCCUUAGGGGACUCGCCACCAUGAGCAGCACUUUAGCGAAGAUCGCAGAGAUCGAAGCCGAGAUGGCUCGGACUCAAAAGAACAAGGCCACAGCACACCAUCUAGGGCUUCUUAAGGCACGCCUUGCUAAACUUCGUCGAGAACUCAUAACUCCUAAAGGUGGUGGUGGUGGUGGACCAGGAGAAGGUUUUGAUGUGGCGAAGACAGGUGAUGCUCGAAUUGGAUUUGUAGGUUUUCCUUCUGUGGGAAAGUCUACACUGCUCAGUAACCUGGCGGGGGUGUAUUCCGAGGUGGCAGCCUAUGAGUUCACUACUCUGACCACUGUGCCUGGUGUCAUCAGAUACAAAGGUGCCAAGAUCCAGCUCCUGGAUCUCCCAGGUAUUAUUGAAGGUGCCAAGGAUGGAAAAGGUAGAGGCCGUCAAGUCAUUGCAGUGGCUCGAACUUGUAACUUGAUCCUAAUUGUUCUGGAUGUCCUGAAACCCUUGGGACAUAAGAAGAUAAUUGAAAAUGAGCUUGAAGGGUUUGGCAUUCGCUUGAACAGCAAACCCCCCAACAUUGGCUUUAAGAAGAAGGACAAAGGAGGCAUUAAUCUGACCGCCACUUGCCCUCAAAGUGAACUGGAUGCUGAAACUGUGAAAAGCAUUCUGGCUGAAUACAAAAUUCAUAAUGCUGAUGUGACUCUGCGUAGCGAUGCCACUGCUGACGACCUCAUUGACGUGGUAGAAGGAAACAGAGUUUAUAUCCCUUGUAUCUAUGUGUUAAAUAAAAUCGACCAGAUCUCCAUUGAGGAAUUGGAUAUCAUCUAUAAGGUGCCUCACUGUGUACCCAUCUCUGCCCAUCACCGUUGGAAUUUUGAUGACCUAUUGGAAAAGAUCUGGGACUAUCUGAAACUAGUGAGGAUUUACACUAAACCUAAAGGCCAGUUACCAGAUUACACAUCCCCGGUGGUGCUACCUUACUCCAGGACCACAGUGGAGGACUUUUGCAUGAAGAUUCACAAAAAUCUUAUCAAAGAAUUUAAAUACGCUCUGGUCUGGGGUCUGUCUGUGAAACACAAUCCUCAGAAAGUGGGUAAAGACCAUACGUUGGAGGAUGAGGAUGUCAUUCAGAUUGUGAAGAAGUGAAACUUUCCCCUUCCCCGUCAGUGUGGCUCUCCACGGCAGCUUUCUCCAUGACCAACACUUGGCUUCAGGAGUCACUGGAUCAGCAUUCAGGGGAGGGAGAUGGCACCCACACUGGAACGUCACUUGUCUUAUCUUGGUGUCACCUUGUAUGUUGAACUGUAUAAAAGACCUGGUAGGAUGUCAGCUCUGUGCA